AACUCUUCUAGCUACUCAUAUCUAUAAAUAAAUACAUGUGUUUGAUCUCAAUGAUUCAAAACCAUAUCACUACUAAUCUGAUCAACCUCUUUAAAUUCUAGUCUCUACCCACUAAACUACUCGAAACACUGAUCCGAACCCAUAAAUUCCAAGUGAACAUUGCUUGGGUUUUCUACUGGGAAAAUGGCAGCUGCAAAUGCAUUCUCCAACACAAGAAGUACUAGCUCGAAGGUCCGGACAUGGCCAAGGUGUUCUAAGCAGAUUAGAGAGCAGAGAGCAAGGCUUUACAUCAUAUGGAGGUGUACCGUGUUGCUCCUUUGCUGGCAUGACUGAGGUCACCGAUGGUGAAUUGAGUUGAGUUGAGCUAACUUGAAUAGUCCAAGUUGUAAUUAAGCUCAGAUCAAGCUUCUUGAUUAAAGGGUAUUUGUAGUUUCUGAUGAUCAUGAAGGUUUGAGGUCUCAAUUCUUGGUGAUCAAUCCUAGGGUAUUCCUUCGGAAUUGUGUUAUAGGGGCAUAUAGUGUAAGAGCAAUAUUGACUUUAGUUUUUUAGCUAAUUAGAGUAGAAAGAUAGACAAAGCUUGAAGCAUAUGUACAUUUACCAUAUCAACAAAUCUUAUAAUAUCACACCUUUUUUCCGUUCUUUCUAA